CGUCAGCACGUACGUGUUGCAUCUGGAGAAGCAAAGAAGCAACAGUUCAGUUUAACAUUCCCGGGAAAAUUGAAAACGCUCGUAGAUAGAUUUUUUUUUGGGGCUUUUGGCAGGUAUAAGGGUGAAUUAUGGGCAGUCUCGGCUUGAUCAAUUUUUGUGUGUUUUGUGUCUUAGUGGUUGGGUUGCUGAUUGAUAAUAAGGUAAAAUCAGACAAUUCUUAUGAUAUGGAGCUAUUCGAGCUGUUAGAUGCUCUACUUAAUCCACAAGAAGGAGAAUCUAUGCAAAUAAUGUCACUCAGAAAGUUACUCUUAAAAGAAAUUGAAAAAGAACUUAAAUCUGAAAUCGACGAUGAUAAUUAUGGCAUUGCUGCAAUAAAAUACGCUUUAUUUGAUCCAAACAGUAAUCCGGAAAAACGUAACUUAGAAUCUCUGGCCAGGGCCGGGCUAUGGUAUAAAACUCCUCCUCAAACUGAAGAUGCGAAUUAUAAGCGAAGCUCUAUGAAUAUUCGAAAAAGCGACUCUAUCCCUCUAGAACUUCUUCCGUACACAAGCGAAAAGCGUGGUAUAGAAGCAUUAGCUAGAAAUGGCGAAUUACACAAGCCUCGAAACUACCGCACCAUGCUGGAAAAUUUUGACCUUAAACGUAACUUAGCUAGUUUAGCACAGACAUAUAACUUCCCGGUAAGCAAAGCAGCUGGGUUUGGUAAGCGAACUAUAGGAAGUAUAGCCAAAAACGGAGACUUACCUUAUGUAUAUGGAAAGCGCAAUAUUCAAUCUCUAGCCAGAGACGGAGCACUAGGAAAAAGGUCUACGGAAUACGUAGAUUCACCUGCAGAAGCCAAACGUUCAAUCCAGUCUCUAAAGUCGCAACAGCGAGGAAAACGUCAAGCAACUGAAUAUUUCGACAAUGAAAUGGUUUAUCAGAUGCCCCCGGAUUACGAAGACAUUUUGCAGGAAUUAGCGGCGGUUCAUCCUGAACUUUACGCGGUAGAAGAUAAACGGUUUCUUGGAUCUGUAGCAAAAUCCGGCUGGUUUCGACCAAGCAGCUACUCCAGUUUCUCCUCACUACCAGAAAAACGUCACGUGGCAGCCUUGGCCAGACUUGGUUGGUUACCGUCUUACAGGUCCAUCAGGCGAUUUAACAGGUCCGGACGGUCCUUUUUACGGUCCAACGGUGAUGACAUUUGCAAGUCCACAAAGUCGGAUUCCACAGAUGGGAAAACCAAAGACUACAGCUAUACCAAAGUCUCGUCGAUACCAUUAGAUAGCAAACGUUAUCUUUUACAGCCAGCUGUAGACAAUAUUCUUUUGCGAAAAGUAUUUAGGCCUCCAAGAAUGACAUUGUUUUAAGUAAAAUUGGGAUAAAACAGUUUGGGUUUGGCAUCAUAAAAUUGGGCAAAGAAAUUUAAAUCAUGUAAGCAAGUAGAGCCUACAAUUGGUUUAUAUUUUCAUAUAUACAUUUCCAUAAACCUUAUACAGAAAAUAAUCUUCGAAAAAUUUAAGCAAAUUUUGCUUUUAUAUGCAUAACCCACUGGAGUAUGACGUAAUUUUCUCUAUAAAUCCUUGACAAUAAUGUGUUUUAUGUAUUAGAAAGUGGGAUUGUACUUAAAUUGACUUUUGUAGUUAUUAAAUGCACCUAUAUUUUUAUUAUUUAUAGGACAGCAAUUUAAGUAGCAGUCCCGUUACACCCUAAAUGUUUUUUCCAAACCAUAUCCUUACCUCAUAUCAACUAAUAAAUAUUCUAUCAAAAAAAUCAAGAAUAUCUAUUGAUACAUAUGGUAUUAGAAUAUAGAAUAAACUAUAUAUUUAGGGCCAGUUGGUAUAUAUGAAACAUUACUAUUUAUUAGCUAGGAUAUUUUCUUGAAAGAAAAAAUUAUAUUAUAUACGUAUACUAUAACAUAUUUGAAAACAAUAUUUUAUAGACAAUACAUUAUAAAACUAGGGCAUAGUUAAGUAAAUGUAGUAACACUAUUAUUUAUUGGAACAUAAAUAAUUAUUUAUUGAUAAAAAUGGUACAAAAAAAAUAUAGAGGGCUGGAAAGCUUUGACAAUAACAGCUGUAAUUGACAAUACACAGAUCUUUCUGAUUGGAUUAUAUCGUAACGAUCUGUUUACAUUCAUAUAAAUUAGACAAUAAAUGUUCUUUAAUUUUUAUUAUAUGACAAUAACUUAUUGAGUGUUUCACUCGUUUAACUAAUAAUCUAAAUGUGUAUAUUUAUUGACAAUAAAAUUGUAUGGAUAAUC